CCGCGGCCCGCGGGAGCCGAGAGAGCACUGGCCUGGGGGCUGGGAAGGCGGCUGCUCGCCCUCGGGGUGCCGGCGGGGCACAGAAGCGCGUCCGCUGCCGCAGGCGGCUGCUAGCUUGUGGUUUCUGGCGAGCGGGACUCGGUCCCGGGAGGGAGGUGGGGCCGCAGGAGCUGCGAGCGCGCCGGGGUGCGGGCAGCCGAGUGGUUGAAGAGGAAGAAAAAGAAGCGCCUGGAGGCGGGGGAGGGGGCUCCUCCUGUCGGGAGCCGCCGCCUCUCUCCUCCGGCGCUCAGAGCUCGGCUCCCAGCAGGGAGCGGCCGCCUCGGGAGGGGCCUCGUGGGUCAGCGGCGGGGGAAGUGGCUGAAGAGUCACUGCUUCCCAGGAUAGAGUCCCCCAUUCUAUCACCCUAUUUUUUAUUGGAAGAACAAGGCCCCGGGGUAGAGGCAAAAAUGUACAAAAUGCCCAUCUGCGUGCUACAGCUAAGCAGGGUGGUGAUGAACCACAAGCUCUGGGCUGUGUUUAUCAUCACCUUUAAGUUCAUGUCCUUUGUCUCCAUAAUGUUCUACUGGAGAAUCACUGAGGAUACCAAAAGCAAGAGUCUGCUGUAUGGCUUGCCUCUGGAAGUCAAAUGUCCUCGAUCUGUGCCUUCUCCUCCCCCAGCUGUAUCUGGCAGGCCACCUCCACCGCCUGGGGAUAUAUUUUUUGUGGAAACCUCAGAUAGAACCAACCCAAGUUUUCUCUUUAUGUGCUCUGUUGAAUCAGCAGCCAGGGCUCACCCUGAGACCAAAAUAGUCAUCCUUAUGAAGGGGUUGGCAAACAGAAAUUUCACUCUGCCAAAACACUGGGGCUUCUCUCUGCUGAGCUGCUUCCCCAAUGUGGAAAUCCGCCCACUGGACUUGAAUGACCUUUUCUCUGGUACCCCUCUAGCUGACUGGUAUUCGGUGGCCCAGCACAGAUGGGAGCCUUAUUUCUUACCCAUACUUUCUGAUGCCUGUAGAAUUGCUAUCAUGUGGAAAUUUGGGGGUAUCUACUUAGACACAGACUUCAUAGUCCUUAAGAACUUAAAGAACCUCACCAAUGUGCUUGGAACCCAGUCCAAAUAUGUAUUGAAUGGGGCUUUUCUCUCCUUUGAAGCCAAACACAAGUUCAUAGAGCUUUGCAUGCAGGACUAUGUGGAUAAUUACAACGGCUGGAUCUGGGGGCACCAGGGCCCACAGCUUUUAACCCGUGUUUUCAAAAAAUGGUGCUCCAUCAGGAGUCUCCGGAGCAGUAAAAGCUGUAAAGGAGUCAGUACUCUUCCCAGAGAAGCCUUUUAUCCCAUCCGCUGGCAGGACUGGAAGAAGUACUUUGAAGUGGUCAGCUCUUCAGAGCUUCACAGACUCUUCAAGAACACCUAUGCGGUGCAUAUUUGGAAUAAAAAGAGUCAAGGAACAAGAUUUGAGAUCACCUCAAAAGCUUUGCUGGCUCAGCUGCAUUCCCACUACUGCCCUUCAACAUACGGGAUAAUGAAGAAGUAUUUUUGAAAGGAAUUGAUUGACUCACCUGUCACCUAACUGAACAAAGGAAGUAGCCAAAACUGUUCAGCCUUCUGAGCAAAAAUAUACAUUUGAAAGUACUUAUAUCUCUGUGAACCAUCAAGCACCAGGCAGUGUGAUGUAGUGAAAUUCAAAGAUAAAUGUAGGGCAGGGUGAAUGUAGGUUGAACACAGGAGUUAACUAAAGACUGAGCAGUGCUUACCUUGUUUUCCUUCCUUUCCUUACGGUUGGGUCCCUUUACACUACUCUGGCUGUGUAAAGCGACCUUAAGACGGGAGUAAAUGUUACAACACUCUGUCAUCAUAAAGAGGUCUUAAAGUGAGAGUAAACGGUCUUUAUUCUGCCAACAGGGCAUAAAGAGGCCUUAGUAUAAAUGAAAAGCAGGACCCAGUUCACAAGAAUCAGCCAGUGAACUCCCAAAUAUCUCCAAAGAAAUAAAGUGAGGGAAGUAGAGGGAAGAUGAAUUGAGGAAGGAGUUAAAGGGAGGAUCAGAAAAGGCAGCAAGGGAAGAGAAUAAGGAAGAUGAGAGAAGAAGGAAAGGGCAGAUUUUUUUUUAAAAAAACCUUCUUUUUUUUUUCCUUACUGCAGAAACCAGUGGCCGAAAGGAACUUCCACAUGUUCCAGCUUUUAUUUUACAAAGCUUUAAUUGGACACUUCUGUGUUUACAAGGAGCCAUGUGCUGUAUAGUCCUUGCUCAGUUCUUAAUGGGGCAAAUUCCCAUUGUCUCCAACGUGAGGUUUGACUGGGUAAGGAAUUCAGGGUUUGUCCGAAGGUUUUUGUUUUUUUGUUUUUUUUUUUAAAUUAAAACUUCUAAGCAGCCAUGGGACAAACUUUAUUUUAGACUAUGGUCAGAAUUAUGCUAUGAAGAGGCAAGUGAUGUGUCCAAAUCAUGUCCUUACUUUCUUCUGAUUGGAGAGCUAUAAAAUGUCUCUUCCUUUUAUUGGAAUGAUCUGGGUUUAUGUGUGUACACCCACUGCAGUAUCUGAGCAACUAUUAAUCAUUUUAUUCUCACAACACCACAGGAAGGCAGGGAAGUACCACUCUCUUAUUUUACAGAUGGAGAACUGAGACAGAGAGAUUAAGGAUGGGAGUUAGUUGCCUAAAUAUCUCUGAGGAUCUGGGCCUAAGCUCCUUGCCCAAGAUCACAUAGGAAAUACAUGGUAGAACUGGGAGUUGAACCUAGAUUUUUCUGAACCUCACUUUAGCACCAGAACUGAAAGGCCAUGCUUCUUACGCUUUCAAAUCUUCUGUGGCAUUCUGCUGCUAUUUCUGGCACAGAAAGUAGCCUGGAAGUGCAGGGGUCUUCUUUGAUUCCCUGAAUAAAUGCUACUGAAAGCAUGAGUGGCGCUCAGACUCUUCCUAACUGAUGCGUGGGGCGGGGAAAGACAGUUUAUGUUGUGGAAAAAGUUGUCUUUGCAGACUCCCAGCACUGGGAUGAGCCCAAGGAGAGACCAUGAAAGUUUUGGGACUUUUUAUCUUGACAGGAAAUUCCAGUUUUCAUAAACUCAGUGUAAAAUAAAUGAUGAAUUCUGAAUUUCCUUUCUUACACAACAGAUUGUAGCUGUGUGCUGUUACUAAUGGGGUCGUGUAAGCAUUACAACAUCAGUGAACUAUCUGCUCUGUGUGAAGGCAGAGAUGAGCUGCCAACAGACCUGUCAGGGGAAGCAUAGCAGUGGUGGAGGGCAAUCAAUGGGAUGGCUUUUGCAACAUUGGAGGUACUUGUCACUGAAAGGGUCAGGUAGAAUAAAGUGGUGAUAUACUUUGGUGGAAAGGAGGGGGAAGCACUGGGUGGAAGAGAAAUUUUACUGCUCCAUCUCCCAGCUUUCAAGCCUUCAUCUGAAGCUUCUGCUGCUGCCACCACAGGGCACCUCUCCUGUCCUUGAUUCACCACCUUCCCACCUGGCUGUCUCCGAUCUUGAGACUGACUUUGCAAGAGACUGAACAUCUCCUGUGAAGUGAAUGGGAGCUGAAAAACUUAGAGUCUCAGAGGAGGCAUUCAGCACCUUGCAGGAAUGGGCUCUUACUGGUUAAGUUAGAUUCAACUGUAGCUUCCACAGUGGGGGGAAAACGUGCUGCCUGCCUCUGUCUUGACCACCACGUCUUCCUGCUCUUUGAUUCAGCUGUGAGUCUAUAGCAUGAUUUGGAGCACAGCUGAACUGACAAAGAAGCAUCAGUAGCUAUAAGGGAGGCAGGUUGCCAGCUAACACAUCAGUCUCCGUGCACACGCAUUCUAAAACAAGAUGUAUAGUAAGAGGGGUCACCCAGGGACACAGACAUGUGGUGAGAUGGGUUGUUAUGGGCGAGUGGAGCAUCAUCCAUUUCCUACCCUGUACUCCGUAAAGGAAACCAUAGCACUAUAAAAUAUUUUAAACGCCUUGUUUGAGCCUUAAACAGUUGGUUUUCUUAUGAAUAAAGAUGGGCUCAAGCUAUUAACUUCAGAGCUAAAAAUAAGCUUGUCUGAUGUUCAGGGACAGUGGCUGAUUCAGUGCUCCAUUUCAUGAACAUGACUAAUGCUGAAUCCUAAUGGGAUGGCAUCAUCUGGCACUUCUGGAAAACUGCUCUAAGUCAUGAUCCCACCAACACCGCUGACUGCUCUGGCUCUAUCUGACCUUCAAGUCUGCAGCUGCUUCAGGGCUUUUUCUGUUUCUCAGCUCAAACACAAGCAAGCACGGAUUUGCUCAGCUAAGCGAAGGAAAUGUGUAAAACAAAAGACAGCCUGAAGCAUAGUAGGACAAAAUCUCUUUAUUUCUUUCUCUCGGUUUACUUGUAACCACGCAAAUAACAGAAACAGCAGAGCAAAAGAACCCUAACCUACUAUGGAACUCAUCCCCCUCCCUUCACAAGGCUAUGAGUAAUCAGGUGUGGUUUAUUUUCCCUCCAAACCUUAGGUCACAUUCUUCAUUUUACUCUCCUUCUGCUAUAUGUCCUACAGUCAUUUUGGAUCUUGUUGGUUUCCCCACAGUCCCCACCUGAGCACAUCAAAAUACAGAAUAGACACUUUUCAAAACAAGUGUACUUACCAAAAACCAAAAAUGUCGAAGAGCAUAGGAACUGUGUUCCUACACAGACCAUGGGUAUCCUGUCUCCAUCCACUGGAGCCAGUGUUGGCUAUUUCAGAGGAAGGCAAACUGUGUACCCAUUGUAACUUUGCAACACUAUAGGCUGGGGAUCUUCCUGAAUAUCUGAGACAUUAGCAUUGGUAGCCCUUGAAUUUUUUUUUCAGCUUAUGUCAGUGCAGCUGCUAUUCCUGUCUAUAUAAAUUGAUAGAAAUACAAGAAAUUGCCAGGCUGGAAAAGAUCCCUGGUCUGGGUAGUAUGGUAUCCUAUUUCUGGUAUUUCUCUUUUACUUGGCCUCAGUCCAGCUGAGCAAUGAAAUGUUAGCUGAGCCAGGGACAGCCUAAUGGUAAAGGCAUAACUUAAUUUGGUCAGGCUGCAUCACAAAGAGUGCACUUCAUUUAGUCACACUCUUUGCCUCUGAAUUUCAUGUAAAAUAUAGCACUGCUUAUGUGAAAAAAGUGCCUUUUCAUAUAAUGGCCGAUUUCUCUGCAACUCAUGACCUGUGUAAAGAGCUUUGCACUAAUCCCAUGUUCUCUCCACUACUGUAAAUAGAAUAGAGGUCAGUUGUUAAAUUGGGAGGAAGUCCCUCUGUUCUAGUAGAACAUGGGAAGUUGGGUCAGUUGUGUCCUGCCAGAGUAGCUUGCAGUAUAUUAGGAAAAUUCUAAAUUUAGGAUUUGGGUGGAACAUUGUUGAUUUAUGGCAGCUUAAUAUCAGGCUAAAGGAAGAGGCCGAUCUAGUCUGCAGUGAAAUGCUUAAUAAAGGCCUUUGCAAAUUAAGGCUCACGUGCCUUGAAUAUCUCCCUUCUGACUGCUGCCUUAUUGGUCCUAUUCAUACAUAUAAAAGGGGUGCCCACUGGAAUUAGAUGUUUCAUUUGCCUGGUGUUUCCUUCUCCAUUUUGAGAAAAAUCAAUACAGCAUCUCUCUCUCAUCCAUGCACAAGGAAACAGACUUGAGCGUGUACUGGUUGUAUUUGAGUCACUUGCCCCGAUGGUCCCACCUCAAGGGUUAAAUAGUAGAUCUGGUUUAAAAAAAAAAUGGAUAGAACACUUUUCUGUCACAAUGCAGUUUUGACUAAAUCAAAACUUUUUGCAGGAACAGAGAGAUUUUUUUUUUUGACUAAAUUUUGCAAUGGGUAAAAGUCAAAACAUUUUGUGUUCAGAGUAAUUUUGAUUUUUGUUUGGCUUUUGGUAUUCUAUUAAAAUACAUGUAUGUAAUGAUUUAAUAUGGUAUAAAAGUCACAACAAAAUUAAUUGAAAUGACACUUUUUGAAAUGAAAUGUUUUUACAUUGAUGAAAUAUUUCAAAACUAUUGAAAUUAAAUGUUUAGAUGGUUCCAUCUUGAUUUUUUUUUUCCUCUUAAUUUUUGGUUGACAGGAAAUUACAAAAUUUUGGCUUUUUGUUCUGGUUUGGAACAAAUUUUUUUUUAUUUUAUUUAUUUUAUUUUUUUUUGGUCAAACUCUCCUGCAGAAUGGAAAUUGUGGCUCCCAACGGGCUGUAAUAAGCUGUAAUGUUAUCUGAAGCACCAGCCAAAUGCAGUUCAACACGGAAGAAUCAUUAUCGAGAAGGGACAGGGGAAAUUUGGUUGUGGUUUAAAAAAUAAAAAUUAAAAAAAAAUUCAAAAUAAUCUGGAAGAGGUCCACUGUGACCUUUUGUUAAUCAGAUGAGCAAGCAUCUAUGUCUUUCCCUGAAAACUGUCAAAAUGUAACUGGUGCUCCUUGUUACUUAGCUUGCACUGAGAUAUGGAAACUGGUGGGGACUUUCUAUAAGCUGUAGCCAGGACUUACACUGAUGAUCAAAGGUAAAGAGAUGAACAGUUAACUGUGAUCUUUUCUCACCUUUUUCACGGUGCUGUCUUUACGAGGCAACCUGGGUAAGGAUUUUACCUUCUAGGCAAAGGAAACUCCUGCAAUAUUGCAGCACCCCUUCGGUGAAAAAGAGCUUUAAAAUUGUUUUUGUUUUGUAUUUUGGCAUGGAUAGAGACCACAGGCAUCAUUUUUAUUGCCAGAGGUGUCUUAAGUAGAAAUCCUGGCAUAUUUUAAAAUCAAGAAUUAGUGCUGCUGCUGUCUGGAUUUAUGCCAUUUGAUGCCUUUUCAGAGAUGAUCUCUUUUACGAAGAGGAUGAAACCAAAGCAGCCUUUGGCCUUUUCCUACUGUUCAAUGGUUAUGGGGGAGGGAAAUAAAUGUAAUUUUUACCUUUUUAUUUCAUGUUUCUUCAAAAAAAAUUCAUUUUGUUUUUCAAGUGAUUGUUGGAAACUUUAUGUAAUCUGCAUUAGUUAUUGUCAAGACAAGAAAUUUUCAUCUUAUCACUAGAAACAACUUUGAUUAAAUUUAGCAGUGUUGAAAUAGCAUUAGGCUAGCUGAGUUUAAGCAAUUUUUAAAAUAUAAAUUACGGCCUGAAGGCUGGAUGUGUAGACAGUUGGUAAUGUCAGUGCAAAAUAUUCAGCUCCUGCUCUCUAUCCAGGGUUAUGGUGACCAUACAAAAUGACUAUUUGGUAACCUAUGUAAAAUAAGCUUGGUGAUCUUGGUCCAGAAAAUGGACAGAUGUCCACACGAUAAAAAUUGUGUUGCAAUUUACACUACUCUUAUCAGUGAGGUCAAUAAUCAAGGCCCUAAAUUAGCAUUGAUAUUUUACCACUGACCACCCUCUUAGUCUUAAUAGUGGAAAGUUUGCUCUUCCAUUGCCCUACCUAUAUUUGUGGACCUGAUCCAAAGCCCGUUGAAGUCAAGGGGAGUCUUUCCAGUGAUUUCAAUGUUUUUUGAGUAAGGCAAUGGAUGAAUAAAGGACCUUGUGCACCAGUACUGUCAUUUUGAUCAUCAAACUGACUUAUUUGCAAAAUGAAUAGCUCCCAGGUUUGUCCUGUAUCUUGUUAAGGUUCAGAUAGGCAAUGAAAUUGGCAGGUUUAUAAACACCCAACCUUGCACCAAUAUACAAAUACCUGAUAACAAUUUUUCAAUUAUUAAAUACUAGCUCAGCUUUAUUUCUGUAGCUUUGCAAUGGCAGAUUGUGUGAUCUAUUGUUCCCAAAAGUGUAUCUGAUGAUAAAAUCAUUUCCAGUAUGUUCAGAUCAUGUUAAUAAUGGCAAAGUGACUGUGACCGAAUCAUGAAUGAAGGGAACAGAUUUCACUUUUAAUGUGCAAAUAUUAAACAUGUUUAAAUAUUAAA